CUGCGCAGCCACACAGGCAUAGAGAGAGGGAAAGCACCAAAUCUCUGCAGCUGGGCGAGACGACAAACCACUGAUAUGACUUUAAAACCUCGUAAAUUUUAUUGACAACAUAAAGACUUCCCAGGACGAAGUUAAUGUCGAAAGAAGCCGACUAAACUCGUGAAGAAGGCGAUUUAAUUUAGCAGCAAUGAGUUGCAGCCCUCCAUCGGUCCAGAUGGAUGAGGUGAGGAGGAGAGCCCAGUCCCUCCUCAUCACCUCAGGCUCGGCGCAGGAUGUGAAGGCUGAUGUUCAGACCAUGGCCGGCAUGCCUCUGCCUCCGUCUGAGAAGUACCAGCACUUCACAGCGGAGGCCAUGCUGAGGGACAACACUGCAGACCGCAACAGACAGGAGGCGCUGGAAUCUCUGAGUCGACUGGUCAAGGCCUUGAGUAUCCUGGAGAAGUACGGUUGCAACCUGAUCUGUCCCGCCAGGCCCAGAUACUGGCGUAGCGUUAAGCACAAUAACCCCGUGUUCAGAUCCACAGUGGAUGCCGUCAAGGGUGGUCGACGUGUCCUCUAUCUCUACGGUUACACCAAUCAGCAGAUAGAUGGCCUCAGUUUCCCAGAGGAAGCCAGUGAACCAGAUACUGAAAAAGUUACUGCAGUGACGCUGGAGGUCAUGACCUUACGGACAGAGGUGGACAUGCUCAUUAAGGGCACACAUCCUCACCUAGAAAACUUCAAAGAUAUCAUCCCAUUUGUCAUCCAGCAGGAUAAGCUGGUGAGUGAUGCUGUGGUUAUCCUGCCUGGAGAGGAAAAGCAUGGAGACGAGCCCGAGGUUCUGUCCCCUUCCCCUAAACCCGCUCAGGUCCCUGUACAGGGACUACCUCUGAAACCGUCAACAGGCUCUCCUCCAUCGAUUCAUUGCAAUUUGUGUGGUGGCAUUGUGUCUCUGCUUUGCCCGUCGUGUGACAAUAAACCUUUCUGUGAUGCAUGCGAUGACCUCUUCCACCGUCACCCUUCUAGAGCCAAUCACAAGAGGCAGAGCACCAAACAGGAAGAGACCUGUACCAUCUGUGGUAUUUCCGCUGUGCAUGCUCAGUGCUCCACAUGUGUCCAGAAGCUGUGUCUGAAGUGUGACAAGAUCUUCCACUCUCACCCCGACCGAAAGGGGCACUCCCGAACUGUUAUUACACCAGCCAAAACAUCCAGUCCAUCUUUGUCACCUUGGGAGUGCGCUCAUUGCACUACAGUGAACGAGAUGCGAGCCGUACUCUGUACAACCUGUGAGCGGCCUCGACUCGCCACAGCUGCUUCUACUGCUCAAGAGAGCCCACUGUCAGUGCCUACAUCACCAAACACAGACUGGCAGUGUAAGAGCUGCACAGUUAUGAAUCAAGGCAGCAGCAUCCUCUGUGAGGUGUGUGAGCGCCCUCGCCUGGCCACUCGCCCGCCCGUCGCCCCGGUGCUGUCCAGCCCAGGAUCUCUGUCUGAUGCUGAAGCAAAGUGGACCUGUAAUCACUGCACUUAUGUCAACACUAAGGCCACCUCAUUGUGCGAAAUGUGCAACCUGUCAUGCAAAGACUCUGCUGGACUUAGUCUUCUGCGGUCUCACCCGCAGACUCCAUCCACCACUAAAGAUCAACCUCAGCCAGGCGGGAGGCCCCAGCCGAUACCCAGCCUUAACCUGGAGCUGACGAGACAGAAGAUGUUGAGGGAAGACGGACUUCAACUCAUCCACCAGAUAAGAGAAGCAGAGAAGCGCGGUGUCAGCCCAGAGGAGGUGUACGCCGCCGUCUGCAUGUGCGGCAGCAGCAACAUCAACCCCUGUGAUUGGCUGACGUCAGAGCUCCCGCACCUGCUGGAUGAAAUCUGCGCCAUGGCAGCCUCUGUCCAGCUAAACUACAAAGCAGGAGAUUCAGAGACACAGCCGCCCACGGUGGAGAGAGACCGAGACGAGUCAGAGCAGAGCGGUCCAGUCGUCACAGGUGAAGGUGUGAAGCUGUCCAGAGCUGAGGCCAAGCUGGCGUGGUUGGCAGUAGGAGGCGACACUGACCGGGCAGUGAAACAGCUGCUGAGAGACCGACAGAUUAAGAUGAGAGAGCUUCACUCUCUGGGCUUCAGGGACGUUUCCAGGUGUGAGGAAGCCCUGCGGCAGAGUGGCGGAGAAGUGAAGGGGGCUUUGUCUCAUCUUCAGCGCCCUGUCUUAGAGCCCUUCCACCAGCGCAUCUGGACCGAUCAGCCUGAGCCACCGAUUGAUCCCAAACAUCACGACAAACAGAGGAUGUGCCGGCGUCUGCUUGCACUGUAUGACUUGCCCAGCUGGGGGCGCUGCGAGCUCACCCUGUCGCUGCUCCAAGAUCCAGACGUCGCUUCGUCGCUGGAGGAUGUAGUGCAAGCUGUGAAAGAAUCUAACGACAGAGAUUUCAUCAGGCGUCUCCUUAAUAACGAGUGCCCCUGCUGUCUGAGUAUCUUCCCCCGCAGCAAGAUGCAGUCACUGACUUCCUGUCAGUGCUCCGUGUGCCACGAGUGCUUCGGGCAGCACUUCACCAUCGCUGUGAGAGACAAACACAUCAGAGACAUGGUGUGUCCAGUCUGCGGCGAACCGGAUAUCAAUGACCCCGAACAACUGGACAGCUACUUCUCCACACUGGACAUACAGCUGCGGGAGUGCCUGGAGCUUGACGUGUACGACCUGUUUCAUAAAAAGCUGACGGAGCACACUCUGAUGAAAGAUCCAAAGUUCUUGUGGUGCUAUCAUUGCACCACCGGGUUUAUCAAUGAAGGAGACCAGUUGAAGAUCACCUGCAUGUCUUGCAAUAAUAGUUUUUGUGCUCAGUGCAAAAAACCUUGGGAGCCUCAGCACCAGGAUCUGUCCUGCGAGCAGUUCCAGCAGUGGAAGAGGGAGAAUGACCCGGAGUACCAGAAACAGGGCCUGGCAGGCUACCUGAGAGACAAUGGCAUCACCUGUCCUCACUGCCGAUUCCCUUACGCACUGACGAAAGGCGGCUGCAUGCACUUCACCUGCUCCCAGUGCAGGUACGAGUUCUGCAGCGGCUGCAACAACCCCUACCAAAAGGCUGCGUGUAAGACGGUUGAUUGCAACUUAAAUUGUCUGCAUGCUCAUCACCCUCGAGACUGUCUCUUCUAUCUCAGAGACUGGGAGCCGCCCAGAUUGCAGGCCCUGCUGCAAAGGAGUGGUGUGGAGUUCAACACAGAUGCUCCUAAUGAAGCUCAGACUGACACUUGUGGAGUGAUGGAGCAGAAAGAUGGAGGUCAGCAGAAUGAUUUACCGUGCGGCAUCCAAACACAGCCUGGCCAAGCUGGACUCUGCGAGAAGCACUACAGGGAGUAUCUGGUCAGUCUGAUUAACGCUCACUCUCUGGACCCCGCUGUGAUCUACGACGUCCAGGAGCUGACCCGAGCCUGCCAGAGAUACCAGGUGGACAUGCAGAGAGGAGAGAACGAGGAGGAUAAAACUUACUACGAUCGACUGCUCAUGAAACUGAGGGAGGUUCCUCUUGGAGAAAAGGUUCCUCGAAAGAAAUAAAGAUAAUCAACCUGAAAUCUGCCCUCAAAACAUCCACAGAGUCGAUCAAGAGUUUAUACAACGAGGAUUUUGACCAGCUAAAGUCUUGAAUUUAAAUGAAGCGCCGUAUUCGGUUUGCAGCUCUGGCCAAUCACAAGCUGCUCUGUCCGAUAUUUAAAAAACAAAUUCCUGUAUUUGUUGUUCUGAUCUCACAGUUGAAAGUUAAUCUUUUAUGUUCAUGUUGAUCAUAAACUGAUUUUAUAGAGAGAAGAGAAGCGGUUGGAAAGGGAUUACCUGCUUCUUUGUGAUUUUCUACUCAGUUCAUCUCAGACAGUUUUGAAGAUACUGCAAGUAUAUCUGAUGUUUUCUGUCUUUAGGUCACACUGACCCUAAAAACACACUUUAAAAAGAGAAACUAAUUUAUAGUAUGAGGUUUGAAUAUUGAUCUCUUAUACCUCAAUGAAGAAAACCUUUAUUUUAAUAAACUGGGUGGAUGCUCAAAAGUUUUCAGAGAGAACCAUUUUGGAAAUGUAUGUUAAGUUUCUGUGUCAUAACAAUGGAUGGAUAUUAAAGCCUAAUAUACUAUCUGAAUAAAGUGUUUCUUUACUGAGAGUUUCUUCUAUCACAGUUUGAUCCUGUGCUGCUUUAUUUUUGAUGGAUAAAUGAGAUUAAAAUCAAACUUAAU